AUGACUGAUCUUGCCAGCAAACACAAGACUUAUAGAUUAGUCGCCCCUUUUCGAAACGAGGUUUAUACGUCCGACCCAGCUAACGUCGAGUAUAUACUCAAAACCAACUUCGAAAAUUUCGGCAAGGGAUGGCACAAUUACGGCAUCUUAAAUGAUUUGUUGGGCGAUGGUAUUUUCGCUGUUGAUGGCGAAAAAUGGAGAGAACGGAGGAAAGUGUCGAGCCUCGAGUUUUCGGCCAGGGCUUUAAGGGAUGUUAGCAGCACAAUUUUCAAAGAAAACGCGGUUAAACUUGCUAAAAUUUUUUCAGAAGCUGUGGCUUCGAAUCAGCCGAUGAAUAUUCAAGACCUAUUUAUGAAGUCGACUCUAGAUUCAAUAUUCAGGGUCGCGUUUGGGGUCGAGCUGGACAGCAUGUGUGGUUCAAAUGAGGAAGGUUCGAGAUUUAGCCGUGCUUUCGAUGAUGCAAGUGAGAUUACUGCUUGGAGAUAUGUUGAUAUAUUGUGGAAGAUAAAGAAGGCUUUGAACAUUGGUUUGGAGGCUAAGUUGAAGGCUAAUAUUCGGAUUAUCGACGAAUUCGUUUACAAGCUCAUCCAUAACAAGACGAAACAAAUUGAACAAGUUCAAUAUGAUGAUAAUGCGGAUUUGAGGAAACAAGACAUCCUAACGAGAUUUCUCAAGUUGUCGGGGGGCGAACCAAAGUACUUGAGAGAUAUAAUACUCAACUUUGUUAUGGUCGGUAAGGACAUGACAGCAACAACAAUGUCCUGGUUUUUCUUCAUGCUCUGCAAGCAUCCUCUCGUGCAAGAAAAGGCGGCACGUGAAAUCGAAAUAACCGUGAAAUAUGGGGACGAAAAUGCAAAUUUAUCGGAGUUUGCAGCGAAUUUGAGCGAAGAAGCUCUCGACAAGAUGCAUUAUCUUCAUGCUGCACUAACCGAGACUGAGACUCUAUCCUCCGGUUCCCAUGACGGGUUUAGUGUUAGAAAAGGUGAUGUCGUAGCUUAUCAGCCGUACGCAAUGGGACGAAUGAAGUCAAUAUGGGGCGAUAAUGCUCGGGAUUUCAAACCGGAAAGAUGGAUAGAUUAUAACGGUUGCUUUAAACCGGAGAGCCCCUUCAAGUUCACGGCUUUCCAGGGAGGCCCGCGAAUAUGUUUGGGAAAGGAUUUCGCGUACCGGCAGAUGAAGAUUCUCACGGCUGUCCUUUUGAGAUUCUUUGUGUUUAAGGCAAGUGAGGAGAAGAAGGCCGUGAAAUACAGGACGAUGAUCAAUCUUCACAUAGCCGGGGGGCUUAGCGUUCGUGCUUGCCGGAGGUCGGAUUAUGUCGUGCUGACGUAA